AGUAAUAAGGUGUAGUAAUCGUUGAUGAAAAUUUUCAAACAAGAAUGAAAAAAAUACUAAAUAGUGUACGCAUGCAACUUAAUUGUUAUGGUCAUAACAGAAAAAUAGCGUAGAUUAAACAAAUGGAGCAACAAGAACUGUGAACUGUGAAACUCUGUGUGGGAGAAAAGCAAGCAAGAGCGCCAAGAGCUCGAACUACAACGCAGUAGCUCAAAGCUCAACCUCAGUCGAGUUUUCGAAACGGAACAGUUUGCGUCUGCAGUGACUUUGUCUUGAGUUCUCGUCUCUUAAAAACCUUGUCGCGUUGGUGUCGUUGCAUCGUAACUAUCGCAAGUUAAGAAAAACAAAGCUCAUUAAUUAAGCUCUGCUCGGGAAAAAAAACUUGCUGCAAAAACAACGAUCGCUUCUCGCAGGUUUACUUGCGUAUAUGUGCAUUCGAGAAACAGAGGGAGAAAUAAGUUGUGCGUGUCAGCAGUCCUUUCGUCCUUUGCCCUUAUAGUGUCGUACUGUUGUGUGCUGUGUGCUCCCCCAUCCCUCUUUGAACAAAAGCUGCAGCCAUCGACCCUCUGCGGAAAUAUGCAGCUGCUACAGCAACAACCUUGAUGCAGGCAGAUUGGCAGACGUGACGUGUAUACAUAUAUAUACAUCAUUUUGACGACGAAUAAACUUAUCUAUAGUUGGGCUACCCUUUUUUAUCAUCGUCCUCGUAGGCCAGAGCAAGCCAGCAGCAGGCAAUUUGAGUGUCAUUAUAGGUAGCUGGUGACGACAGUGGAAAAGACAUAUAGAUAGAGAAAGAAAAAAAGUCCAAUUACUGUGACGUGAACAAACGUCCAUAGUAUUAUACAUUAUCGCAAAAAGAGUGAAAGACAGUAAUUUAAACGUAAACGCUACGGACGGAAAGACAUGGCGCAGCCAACGAGCAGCGCGAUACGCGCGCUAGCGCUCGAAUACAAGAGCCUACAGGAGGAACCGGUCGAGGGCUUUCGCGUCAAGCUCGUCGGCGAAGACAAUAUGUUCGAGUGGGAGGUCGCGAUAUUCGGCCCACCAGAUACGCUCUACCAGGGUGGAUACUUUAAGGCACACAUGAAGUUCCCACCAGAUUACCCGUACAGUCCGCCGAGCAUUCGCUUCAAGACCAAAGUCUGGCAUCCCAACGUUUACGAGAAUGGAGACCUGUGCAUAUCCAUCCUACACCCGCCGGUUGACGACCCGCAGAGCGGCGAGCUGCCCUGCGAGAGGUGGAAUCCAACGCAGAACGUCAGAACGAUCCUAUUGUCGGUUAUCUCGCUGCUCAACGAGCCCAACACUUACAGUCCGGCCAACGUGGACGCGUCAGUGAUGUACAGGCGCUGGCGCGACUCCAAGGGUCGAGACAAGGAGUAUGAGAAUAUCAUCAGAAAGCAAGCACAAGCAGCAAAGAUGGAGGCAGAAAAGGAGGGCAUCGUGGUGCCGGUGACCCUCGAGGAUUAUUGCAUCAAGACCCGAGCACGGCCCGCUGAACAACAUCUCGAUAUGACCGACUUCUACGACGACGAGUAUGAGCUCGACGACGACGAUGACGACGAUGACGAUAACGAGGAACACCAGAGCGCGAGCGAAUACGAGGACGGUGACGACAGCGGUAACGGCGAGUCGUGAUCCAUCUUCUGAGCAGCCUCUCCCGCUCUUACCGAGAUUCAUUGAUGAUACACGUACAUACCUACCUACACAUACUUACAGUCGUACAGAGUCUUCAGAGAGAGAGAGACCGCCCGGACAAGAAAAUUAUUUACACACAAAACUUCAAUGAAAUACACCCACAUGAAAUAUUUUACAGAGGUGGAGACAAGUAUACGACUGUAAACGAAAAUUAAAUAACAGCCGUUAACUACGCGCUCGCAUGCGACUCGUCAUCUUACCCUGGUUCGUGCGUUACAUUUUUCGCAUGUGACCUACGAUAUUUUUUUAGAAUUUUUUUCUUUCCGAGAAACCAUUGUAUCAAUACCGAAUUUACACAAGAAAAUACUCAGCACACUAUUAUUACUAAAAAUCAUGUCUUUAAUCACUGCACUCUUGCAGUUUAGUCCAGAGGGUGAAAGCUUGGCUCUAAAAGAACUACAGCGAGUAAACUUGUUGUACACGUCUAAAAUUAAAAAAUUAAAAAAAAAAAAAAAAAAAAAAAAACCAUGUAUAAUGAGCUUCUCUUUGUCGUCAAAAAAAAAAAAUAAUAAAUAAAUAAAUCAUAAUACGUCGGUCCGCUUUGCAACAAUAGAGCGAUACGGAGCCGGUGAGUUUAGGAAAACUUUGACUAAGUAUCCAAUAAUUUUAGAAAAUUUCUAUUGCUUUGCUCAAUUUCAAGUAAGCUGUUUUUUUCUCUGUAUAAAGAUUAUUGUUACAUAAUUUCUCUACCAUCUUUAGACAUUCAUAUUCAUACGUACGAUUCCCUGAAAAACAUUAUAUCUGCUUCUCUUACUCUGCAGGUUUCAUAAUCAAUAUUUACUGUUUUAUGUGUCGAUUUUGUUGCGGUAUUAAAAUAAAUUUUUUUAAAAUCUAUACAUUACCGACAUUCUCUUGCUCUCUGUUUGUGCACAUUGCCCCUCAACGCCGAAAAUUUUCCAAGUUUAUAGAUUUAAACCCAAAAAUCAACAAACACGAUAGAUCUCUCUCCUCCACAUAUUUAAUUGUUUCUUUAAUGUGUUAAUGUUAGCAAAAUGAAUACAUACACCCUGUUGAAAACGAAAUGAAGGCGUUGAUCAAUUAGUUAUUUAGUAUAAUUUGUGUAAUUCUUAAUUGUAAAUAUAUUGUGCGUUAAACAAAUUACUUUAUGUUUAUACAUGAAUUUCCCUCCUACAUUAUAAACAAGUCAAUUUCUCUUGAGUGGAGCGCUUUAUUAUUAUAAUCACUGUUAUUAACAAGGUUACAAUCAACUGUUCACUUGUAGGUAUUUCAAGUGGUCUAUAAAAAAAUUUUGGUGAUAUUAUCCCGUGCUUUUAGUUAAGAUUUGAGAAAAAGAACCUAGACAAAUUAAAUUUUAUGUAUUAGGAAUAUUUAUUUAAUAAAUUAUACUUACGAGAAA